AUGAAUAAGGAAGAGUUUUCUGGGUUGAAGGAAAGGCAGGCGUUGCUUUUUGGGGAGAAUAAGGAGGGGCAAGCGCUUGAACCGCUGGAGAGACAGGCGCCGCCAUCGGUGUUCCCUGAAAAGAAGCUGGCACCCAGGUCGAUGCUCCCUGAGGCGGGGCAGGGGCAGGAGAAGCUUGUGUCAAGGUCGAUGAUCCCUGAGGCAGGGCAGGGGCAGGAGGAGCAGACGCCUGUACAGCUGGAGAGACAGGCGCCGCCAUUGGUGUUCCCUGAGGAGGAACAGGGACGGGGGAGGCUGGCGCCAGGGUCUAUGCUCCCUGAAGCAGGGCAGGGGCAUGAGAGGCAGCCCCCUGAGGAGGGGGAGCAGCUCCUCAAGGAGGGGGAGGGGCAGGAGAGGCAGCUCCUCAAAGAGGGGGAGGGGCAGGGGAGGCUGGCGCCAGGGUCGAGCCUUCCCGGGGAUCAGCAGGAGAGAGAGAGACCGGACUCGGUGCAGCCCUCGGAGAAGGAUAGGAGAAAGGCAGAGAGGCGGCAGCGAAAGGGCUCGAGGAAGCGGGAACACAAUCCGACAAUGAAACAUCUCCCCAAAAUCGAGGAAGGGGAGGGGCAAGAGAGGCAGCUCCCUAAGGAGGGGCGGGGGCAUGAGAGGCAGGCGCCGGGCUCAAGCCUUCCCAGGGAUCAGCAGGAGAGAAAGAGACCGGACUCGGUGCAACCCUUGGAAAAGGACAAGAGGAAGACAGAGAGGCGGCAGGGAAAGGGAUCGAGGAAGCGGGAACACAAAUCGACAACGAAGCCUCUCCCCGAAGCCGAGGACGCCAGUGCAGCGCCGCCGCCGAAGAAGCAGCGAAAAACCCCGUCGGACAGCGAUGAUGAAAUGGUGAUCGAGCUGACGCACGGACAGAAGGAGGGGGUCUCGAGAAUGAUCGGGACUGCGUUCGAACUCUUUCGGCAGGUUCCUGACGAGGAAAGGUCCGAGGAGGAGAAAAGCCUGCUCGUGUUUUUGAGCAAGUUGAAAACGGUAGCUGAUACCGAUAACAAUUGGGAUCGCAAUUUCGGCUUCGGUUUCGUGGUAGAUGUCGCAAAGUGCCACGACAUUCUCUGCGCUGACGCGGUCAAGCGUCUCAAAAACAUCUCAGAACGAACUCGUUUUGAAGCUGCGAUAGAGAGGAACAAUACGUUCAUCGUGAGACUUUUGUGCGGUCUUUCCGCAUGA